GCUAGCCAAGUCAGCUCACUUCUGCAAAAAGGGAUGUACUAAAUGUGGACUUCUGGACUCCCUAUGUCUAAGGAAAAUGGGAAUUCAAAGUGGAUUUACAUUGUGCUACCUGUUUUUUAUACUGAUGGUGACAUGUGUGAAAGGAUUUAUAUAUACUUGUGGUGGAACAUUAAAAGGAUUGAAUGGAACUAUAGAAAGCCCAGGCUUUCCAUAUGGUUAUCCAAAUGGUGCAAACUGUACAUGGGUUAUAGUAGGAGAAGAACCAAACAGAAUCCAGAUUGCCUUUCAAUCAUUCGCUCUGGAAGAAGAAUAUGAUUAUUUAUCAUUGUAUGAUGGACAUCCCCACCCAACGAACUUUAGAACAAGGUUAACAGGAUUUCAUCUUCCUACUCCCGUAAUGAGUACAGGACCUGUAUUUUCAUUGCGUUUGACAAGUGAUUUUGCUGUUAGUGCUCAUGGCUUCAAAAUAUUUUAUGAAGAAUUACGGGGCAGUUCCUGUGGGAAUCCAGGAGUUCCACCUAAAGGUGUUCUAUCUGGUACAAAGUUUGAUGUUGGUGAUAAAAUCCGUUACAGCUGUGUAACUGGGUAUAUUUUGGACGGUCAUCCUCAACUCACCUGUAUUGCGAACAGUGCGAAUACAGCAUCUUGGGACUUCCCUGUUCCUAUCUGCAGAGCUGAAGAUGCAUGUGGAGGAACAGUUAGAGGAUCCAGUGGAAUUAUUUCGAGUCCUGGCUUUCCUAACGAAUAUCACAAUAAUGCAGACUGUACAUGGACAGUAGUCACAGAACAAGGAGACACCAUAUCAUUAGUGUUCACUGAUUUCCAGAUGGAGGAGAAAUAUGAUUACUUAGAAAUCGAAGGAUCUGACCCUCAAAAAAUAUGGUUAUCUGGAAUGAAUGUGCCACCUCCGGUAAUAAGCAGCAAACAUUGGUUAAGACUCCAUUUUGUUACAGAUAACAAUCAUCGUUACAGAGGAUUCAGUGCACAGUACCAAGGCAGUUCCACUUUGAACAAAACUACUUCCACCGGUGAGUUGGAGGAGCAAAUUGAGGCUACUCCUGGUGCUGUAAUACUUGCUAUCACUUCUGCUGAUGUUACUGUAUCCCGUUUAACUGCUGACCCCAACACAAGAUUUUCUGAAGACUUCCCUGUGAACGAUGUAGAACACGUUUUGGAAACCAACAUGUCCAAGGAACAGCAGUCUUCUCCAACAGCACAAACACAAAGCUUUCGAAGACGGCCAAGAAAUUCUGUACAGAUAGAAAGAACUAAAGAACUUGCAGGUGUUACUCAUAGAGUGAAAAAGUCCAUAGAUUUUAAAUCUAGAGGAUUUAAAUUGUUUCCAGGGAAAGACCUCAACAGCAAGUUUUCUAUAUUAAAUGAAGGAGGCAUUAAACAAGCAUCAAAUAUGUGUCCUGAUCCAGGAGAACCUGAAAAUGGGAAAAGAAUAGGCUCUGAUUUUAGUCUUGGUGCAACCGUGCUUUUCUCUUGUGAUGAAGACUAUGUUCUGCAAGGUGAAAAAAGCAUCACUUGCCAAAGGAUUGCUGAUGUCUUUGCAGCGUGGAGUGACCAUCGACCAGUGUGCAAAGUGAAGACAUGUGGGUCUAAUCUGCAAGGUCCAAGUGGCACAUUUACAUCUCCUAACUUUCCAUUUCAAUAUGAUAGCAAUGCUCAGUGUGUUUGGGUUAUUACUGCAGAAAAUCCUAAUAAGAUCAUUCAGAUCAAUUUUGAAGAAUUUGACUUGGAGAUAGGCUAUGACACACUAACUAUAGGUGAUGGUGGAGAGGUCGGUGAUCCAAAAACUGUUUUGCAACAAUUAACAGGAAGCUUUGUGCCUGACUUGAUAGUAAGCUUGACUAACCAGAUGUGGCUGCAUCUGCAAACAGAUGAGAGUAUUGGUUCAAUUGGAUUCAAGGUUAAUUACAAAGAAAUUGAGAAGGAAAGCUGUGGAGACCCAGGGACUCCUCUAUAUGGGAUUCGAGAAGGAGAUGGGUUUUCUAAUGGAGAUGCUCUGAGAUUUGAAUGCCAGUUUGGAUUUGAACUUAUAGGACAGAAAUCUAUUGUUUGUAAAGAAAACAACCAAUGGUCUGCAAACAUUCCAAUAUGCAUAUUUCCUUGCCUAUCUAAUUUCACAGCGCCGAUGGGAACAGUACUAUCACCUGACUACCCAGAGGGAUAUGGAAAUAAUUUAAACUGUAUCUGGACAAUAAUAUCAGAUCCAGGAAGCCGAAUACACCUUUCAUUUAAUGAUUUUGAUCUAGAAACUCAAUUUGAUUUUCUUGCUAUUAAAGAUGGUGACUCUUUGGAUUCUCCGAUAUUAGGAACAUUUACUGGAGCAGAAGUUCCCUCUCAUCUUACCAGCAACAAUCAUAUACUACGACUCGAAUUUCAAGCAGAUCACUCAAUGUCUGGACGAGGAUUCAAUAUUACAUAUAGCACAUUUGGGCAUAAUGAGUGUCCAGAUCCAGGAGUGCCAAUAAAUGCUCGACGCUUUGGGGACAACUUUCAGCUGGGAAGUUCAGUCUCUGUUGUUUGUGAAGAUGGAUUUAUUAAAACUCAAGGUACUGAAACCAUCACUUGCAUCCUGAUGGAUGGGAAAGUCAUGUGGAGCGGACCGAUACCAAAAUGUGAAGCUCCUUGUGGUGGUCACUUUUCUUCACCCAGUGGAGUCAUUCUUUCACCAGGAUGGCCAGGAUACUAUAAGGACUCUUUGAAUUGUGAAUGGGUGAUUGAAGCUGAACCAGGACGCUCAAUCAAAAUUUCAUUUGAAAGAUUUCAAACGGAACUUAAUUAUGAUGUGUUAGAAGUACAUGAUGGGCCAAAUUUGUUAUCACCACUUUUGGGAUCUUACAAUGGCACACAAGUUCCACAGUUUCUCUUCAGCAGCAUAAAUUAUCUUUACCUACUCUUCACCACAGACAACAGUCGAUCCAACAAUGGUUUUAAAAUUCAUUAUGAGAGUGUGACUGUAGACACACAUUCAUGUUUAGAUCCAGGAAUUCCGGUACACGGACAUCGCUAUGGAAUUGAUUUCUCGAUCGGUUCUGCAGUGUCUUUUGGAUGUCAACCAGGAUACACUCUGAGUCACGAGGAGCCACUGAUAUGUGAAAAAAAUCACUGGUGGAGCCACCCACUGCCAAACUGUGAUGCAUUAUGUGGUGGAGAUGUCAGAGGUCCAAGUGGGACAAUCUUAUCUCCAGGUUAUCCCGAGAUCUAUCCCAAUUCUUUAAACUGUACAUGGACAAUAGAAGUAACUCACGGAAAAGGAGUACAGUUCACCUUUCACACCUUUCAUCUAGAAGAUCUUCAUGACUAUUUACUAAUCACUGAAAAUGGUAGCUUUACUCAGCCACUGGCACGACUGACUGGCUCCGAGCUCCCUACAGCAAUCAACGCAGGUCUCUAUGGAAAUUUCCGAGCGCAGUUGCGUUUUAUUUCAGAUUUUUCAAUAUCAUAUGAAGGAUUUAACAUUACAUUUUCUGAAUACAACCUCGAACCCUGUGGUGAUCCUGGAGUUCCACUAUAUGGAAAGCGACAUGGACAAAAUUUUGGAGUGGGAGAUACUAUUACUUUUACAUGUUCAUCUGGAUAUCGCUUAGAAGGGAUUUCUGAAAUCAUCUGUCUUGGCGGUGGACGUCGUGUAUGGAGUGCACCUCUGCCAAGGUGUGUGGCUGAGUGUGGAGCAUCGGCAACAAGUAAUGAAGGGAUUCUACUGUCUCCGAAUUACCCACUGAACUAUGAAAAUAACCAUGAGUGUAUUUACAGCAUUCAAGUUCAAGCAGGGAAAGGAAUCAAUAUUUCAGCCAGAACAUUCCACUUAGCCCAAGGAGAUGUUCUUAAAAUAUAUGAUGGAAGAGACAACACAGCUCAUCUAAUGGGUGCCUAUACUGCAUCUUCUUUAAGAGGACUGACCUUAAGUAGCACAUCAAAUCAUUUGUGGUUAGAAUUUAACUCAGACUCAGAAGUGAAUGAUGAAGGCUUUCAGCUAGUUUACACCAGUUUUGAACUCUCACACUGUGAAGAUCCUGGUGUACCACAAUUCGGAUACAAAAUCAGUGACCAGGGUCAUUUCGCUGGCAGUACUAUUAUCUAUGGGUGUAAUCCAGGUUACACUCUCCAUGGAAGUAGCCUCCUUAAGUGUAUGACUGGAGAAAGAAGAGCAUGGGAUUACCCUUUGCCAUCAUGCAUUGCUGAAUGUGGUGGCCGUUUCAAAGGAGAGUCAUCUGGAAGAAUAUUAUCACCAGGAUAUCCAUUUCCAUAUGACAAUAAUCUACGUUGCACCUGGAUAAUUGAGGUGGAAUUGGGGAAUAUUGUAAGUCUUCAGUUUCUAGCUUUCGAUACCGAAGCAUCACAUGAUAUCCUUAGAGUUUGGGAUGGUCCACUUAACAAUGAGAUGCUGUUGAAAGAGAUUAGUGGUUCUCUUAUACCUGAAGGAAUUCACAGUACUCUCAAUAUUGUUACAAUUCAAUUUGAUACUGAUUAUUACAUCAGCAAAUCAGGAUUCGCCAUUCAGUUUUCAAGUUCUGUUGCCACAGCAUGUCGUGAUCCUGGUGUUCCAAUGAAUGGAACUCGAAAUGGAGAUGGUCGAGAACCUGGGGACACAGUUAUUUUUCAGUGUGACCUUGGUUAUGAAUUAGAAGGAGAAGAAAGAAUAACUUGCAUUCAAGUAGAGAAUCGGUACUUUUGGCAACCUAGUCCACCAUCAUGUAUAGCUCCUUGUGGUGGCAAUCUUACUGGAUCUGCUGGAUUUAUACUAUCACCAAAUUUCCCUCACCCAUACCCACACAGCAAAGAUUGCGACUGGACUAUUACAGUUAACCCUGACUACGUAAUUUCCUUGGCAUUUAUCAGUUUCAGCAUAGAGCCAAACUAUGAUUUCCUCUAUAUAUAUGAUGGUCCAGAUGUGAACAGCCCACUUAUUGGAAGCUUCCAAGAUAGUAAAUUACCGGAGAGAAUAGAAAGUAGUUCGAACAACAUGCAUUUGGGUUUUCGAAGUGAUGGAUCAGUGAGCUUCAUUGGUUUCCAUCUAGAGUACAAAGCUAAACUAAGAGAAUCAUGUUUUGAUCCUGGGAAUAUAAUGAAUGGGACUAAGCUUGGAAUGGAUUAUAAACUGGGGUCAACGGUCACCUAUUACUGUGAUGCUGGAUAUGUUUUACAAGGAUAUUCAACACUUACAUGUAUCAUGGGAGAUGAUGGGCGGCCUGGUUGGAACAGAGUGCUACCCAGUUGUCAUGCACCAUGUGGAAGUCGCUCUACUGGUUCAGAAGGCACAGUUUUAUCACCAAACUAUCCAAAAAACUACAGUGUGGGGCAUAACUGUGUUUAUUCGGUGGCUGUCCCAAAGGAGUUUGUGGUUUUUGGCCAGUUUGUGUUUUUCCAGACAUCUCUUCAUGAUGUAGUUGAGGUAUAUGAUGGAGCUACCCAACAGUCGCCUCUCUUGUCAUCUCUCUCGGGAUCUCAUUCAGGGGAAACGCUUCCGCUAAGUUCUGGUAACCAGAUUAUAAUUAAAUUUACUUCUAUUGGACCCAUGACAUCGAAAGGAUUUCACUUUGUCUAUCAAGCUGUUCCACGUACGAGUGCCACACAGUGUAGUUCAGUGCCAGAACCACGCUUUGGAAAAAGAAUUGGAAAUGAGUUUGCCGUUGGAUCUGUUAUACACUUUGAAUGUAACCCUGGCUACAUCCUCCAGGGAUCAUUAUCGAUUCGAUGUGAGACGGUUCCCAAUGCACUAGCUCAGUGGAAUGAUUCUCUACCUACAUGUAUUGUACCCUGCGGUGGAAUUUUAACAAAGCGCAAAGGGACUAUCUUGUCUUCUGGUUACCCUGAACCAUAUGACAACAAUCUGAACUGUAUAUGGAAAAUAACAGUACCGGAGGGAGCAGGCAUCCAGGUGCAAGUUGUCAGUUUUGCAACAGAACACAACUGGGAUUCCCUAGAUUUUUAUGACGGCAGUGACAACAAUGCUCCAAGACUCGGCAGUUAUUCAGGAACUACUAUACCUCCUCUUCUUAAUAGUACAUCAAACAACCUGUACGUUAAUUUCCAAUCAGAUAUCAGUGUUUCGGCUGCUGGAUUCCAUCUUGAGUAUACAGCAAUUGGCCUUGACUCCUGCCCUGAACCUCUAUUACCAAACAAUGGAAUAAAAGUUGGGGAUAGAUAUAUGGUUGGUGAUGUGGUAUCUUUCCUUUGUGAACAAGGAUACUCUCUUCAGGGGCAUUCUCACAUCACAUGUAUGCCUGGUCCCGUAAGAAGGUGGAACUACCCUAUUCCUAUUUGCAUUGCACAAUGUGGUGGUUCCAUGUAUGACUUCAGUGGUGUUAUACUCAGUCCUGGUUUUCCCGGAAACUAUCCAAGUAGUCUAGAUUGUACCUGGACCAUAAAACUUCCUAUUGGGUUUGGCGUACAUUUGCAGUUUGUAAAUUUUUCCACGGAGACAAUUCAUGAUUACUUGGAAGUAAGAAGUGGGGCUGCAGAGAUUGGUUCUGUUAUUGGGAAGUUAAGUGGACCCCAGCUUCCAGCUUCAUUAUUCAGCACAACUCAUGAAACCAGUUUGUAUUUUCAUAGUGAUUACUCACAGAACAAGCAGGGCUUUCAUAUUAUAUAUCAAGCAUAUCAGCUGCAGAGUUGUCCUGAUCCACGUCCAUUUCGGAAUGGGUUUGUUAUUGGCAGUGACUUUACUGUUGGCCAUACAAUUUCUUUUGAAUGCUUCCCUGGCUAUUCUUUGAUUGGUGAAUCUGCUCUUACAUGUCUACAUGGAGUGAGUCGCAAUUGGAACCAUCCCGUGCCUCGUUGUGAUGCUCUCUGUGGAGGAAAUAUAACAGCAAUGAAUGGAACAAUUUACUCUCCUGGCUAUCCAGAUGAAUACCCAAACUUUCAAGAUUGCCUCUGGCUAGUGAAAGUAUCACCUGGCAAUGGAAUUUACAUCAAUUUUACAGUUCUUCAGACAGAACCUAUCUAUGAUUUUAUUACUGUAUGGGAUGGACCUGACCAAAAUUCUCCUCAAAUUGGACAGUUCAGUGGAAACACAGCAUUGGAAUCAGUUUAUAGCACAUCAAACCAGGUUUUGAUAAAAUUCCACAGUGACUUCACUACAAGUGGUUUCUUUGUCCUUAGUUAUCACGCUUAUCAGUUGAGAAUUUGUCAAUCACCAUCAGCAGUAUCAAACUCUGAAAUAUUGACUGAAGAUGAUGAAUUUGAAAUAGGUGACAUAAUAAGGUACCAGUGUCUACCAGGAUUCACAUUGGUCGGCAAUGAGAUUUUGACCUGCAGAUUGGGUGAACGUCUUCAAAUGGAUGGAUCAUCACCCUCAUGUCAAGUGUUAUGUCCAGCCAAUGAAAUGCGUCUGGACUCAACAGGCAUCAUAUUGAGUCCUGGGUAUCCUGACAGCUAUCCAAAUCUUCAGAUGUGUGCUUGGAGCAUCAGUGUGGAAAAGGGUUACAAUAUCACACUGUACUUUGAAUUUUUUCAUACCGAAAAAGAAUAUGAUGUACUUGAGGUUUUUGAUGGACCAAAUAAUCAUUACCCAUUACUUAUUUCAUUGAGUGGUGAUUACUCUUCCAUAUUUAACACAACCAGCAGUGGACAUGAAGUUUUUAUACGAUGGUCAGCAGAUCAUGGAACUAAUAAAAAAGGCUUCCGUAUAAGAUAUAUAGCUCACUAUUGCAGUACACCAGAAUCUCCCCCACAUGGCUUCAUUGUGAGUCAAACAGGUGGACAGCUGAACAGCAUGGUUCGCUGGGCUUGUGAUCGAGGAUUCAGGCUCAUAGGAAAAAGCACUGCUGUCUGCAAGAAAGCUCCAUAUGGAUACUAUUCAUGGGAUGCACCAGUACCAGCAUGUCAAGCAAUUUCAUGUGGAAUCCCCAAAGCACCUUUAAAUGGAGGAAUUUUAGCCACAGAUUACUUAGUGGGAACAAGCGUAACUUACUUUUGCAACGAUGGAUUCAAGUUAUCAUCUAAAGAACUCACCACAGCUGUAUGUCAGCCAGAUGGCACAUGGAGCAAUCAUAAUAAGACGCCUCGUUGUGUUGUUGUUACAUGUGCAAGUAUCAAUUCAUUCACUUUGGAACAUGGAAGGUGGCGUAUUGUAAAUGGUUCCCAUUAUGAGUACAAAACAAAAGUUGUUUUUAGUUGCGAUCCAGGCUAUUUCCGACUAGGCCCAGCGUCUAUUCAAUGCCUUGCUAAUGGGACAUGGAGCUGGAGGAAUGAAAGACCACACUGCCAAAUCACUUCAUGUGGAGAGCUUCCUGUACCACCAAAUGGGAAUAAAAUUGGAAGUCAAACAACAUUUGCAUCAACGGCAAUAUUUACAUGUGAUACUGGAUAUAUGCUAGUGGGCUCUACUGUAAGAGAGUGCCUGUCAUCUGGUCUUUGGAGUGGAUCAGAAACCAGAUGCCUUGCUGGUCAUUGUGGAACACCAGAUUUAAUCGUUAAUGGCCAAGUGAUUGGAGAGAAUUAUGGUUAUAGAGACACAGUUGUGUAUCAGUGCAACCCUGGUUUUCGUUUGAUUGGGUCUUCCGUGCGAAUAUGUCAACAGGAUCAUCACUGGUCUGGUCAGCUGCCUUCAUGUGUGCCUAUUAGCUGUGGUCAUCCCGGAAGUCCAAUUUAUGGGAGAACAAGUGGAAAUGGUUUUAACUACAAUGAUGUUGUUACAUUCUCUUGUAACACUGGAUAUGUUAUGCAUGGACCAACACGUGCUCAGUGUCAAGCAAACAGACAAUGGAGUCAUCCUCCACCUAUUUGUAAAGUUGUCAAUUGCAGUGAUCCUGGGAUUCCAGAAAAUUCAAUACGAGAAAGUAAAAUAGAACAUGGAAACUUCACAUAUGGAACUGUAGUGUUUUAUGACUGUAGUCCUGGAUACUCAUUAUUUGGAUCACCCGUUCUAGUAUGCCAGCCUAAUGGACAGUGGGAUAAGUCACUACCAGAAUGUAUUAUGAUUGACUGUGGCCAUCCUGGAGUUCCUCCGAAUGCAAUUAUCUCAGGAGAAAAGUUUACAUUUGGAUCUUCAGUUCAUUAUUCUUGCACUGGAAGGAGAACCUUAUUAGGCCAUUCUACGAGGACCUGUCAGUUAAAUGGACAAUGGAGCGGAUCUUUACCUCACUGUUCAGGUGACACAGUGGGAUCAUGUGGAGAUCCUGGGAUACCCUCACAUGGAUCUAGGGAAGGUACACAAUUCAAAACGAAAAGCACACUAAGAUUUAGCUGUGAACCUGGAUACAUACUUCAUGGCUCUGAGGACAGAACAUGUUUAAGCAAUGGAUCAUGGACCGGAAGACAGCCUGAAUGUAAAGCUGUUCAAUGUGGAAAUCCAGGAACAACAGCAAAUGGCAGAGUUUUCCGAAUAGAUGGAACAAAAUUUCCUAGCUCAGUACUAUACUCUUGCUUAGAUGGAUAUAUACUUUCUGGUUCUAGCAUCAGACAAUGUACUGCCAAUGGAACAUGGUCUGGAAGUCUUCCAAACUGUACAAUAAUCAGCUGUGGGGAUCCUGGAGUUCCAGCUAAUGGAAUCAGAUAUGGUGAGGAUUACAUAGUUGGUCAGAAUGUUACCUACAUAUGUCAGCCUGGAUAUACCAUGGACCCCAAGAAUUCAAUGUCACGCAUGUGUACAAACAAUGGCACAUGGAGCGGAACAAUCCCUGUUUGCAAAGCUGUUACCUGUCCAACACCUCCCCAGGUAUCAAAUGGUAUAUUAGAAGGAACAAAUUUUGAUUGGGGUUUUAGCAUAAGCUAUGCCUGCUCCCCAGGUUAUGAGCUGUCCUUCCCUGCUGUGCUAACAUGUGUUGGAAAUGGCACAUGGAGUGGAGAAGUGCCACAGUGUUUACCAAAAUUUUGUGGUGACCCUGGAAUACCUUCAAAUGGCAAAAGGGAAGGCAAGAGCUUUAUUUUUCAGUCUGAAGUAUCAUUUAUCUGCAAUCCCCCAUACAUUUUGGUUGGUUCAAGUACUAGAAUAUGUCAAGCAGAUGGCACUUGGAGUGGCUCAUCUCCACGAUGUAUAGAACCCACAUGGACAUCUUGUGAAAAUCCAGGAACUCCUCGACAUGGCUUUCAAAACAAUACAUAUGGAUAUCAGAUGGGGAAAAUUGUACAGUUUUCUUGCAAGAAAGGAUACUUACUACAUGGAUCUACCACUCGCACUUGUCUUCCUGAUCUCACAUGGAGUGGCAUCCCAACUGAGUGCACUCCACACAGCUGUAAACAACCUGAAUCUCCAUUACAUUCAAAUGUUGUUGGAAUGGACCUUCCCUCCCUUGGUUAUACACUGAUUUACACCUGUCAGCCUGGAUAUCUUCUGUCAGGAGGUACAGAACACAGAAUAUGUCAGCCAGAUAACACUUGGAGUGGAAAAGUUCCUGUCUGCACAGCGGGAUCUAAGUCAUUUGAGAAUAAAACCAAGCCUGUCUUUGGAACGCCAAGUCCUAAGUUAAAUGUUCCAGAUGAUGUUUUCGCUCGGAAUUACAUAUGGAAAGGAUUCUACAACCUAAAAGGAAAAAAUCAACCAACAAAUUUAACAAUUAACAACUAUAAUAUGUCUACGGGAAGGGUAAAUGCAACACUAAUAAACAGCAACACAGAAUUUCUGUUGACAGGUGUUUAUAAGAGUCAAGAAGCACGCUUGAUACUGCAUAUAUUUUCAAUAAAGUCCUCAACAAACAAGGUGAAGGAUGACAAGUGGGCAAUGGAUGGUUUUGUAUCAGCAGAACCUGAUGGGUACACAUAUGUGUUUCAAGGCUCCAUCCAUGGGAAGGAUUAUGGACAGUUUGGACUUAGAAGUAUAGGAAUGAAUGUGUCAGAUGAGAACUCUACAAAUCAAACGCUAGGAACAAAUAGUAGCUCUGUUGCGAUUGCUAUCCUGGUGCCUUUUUUUGCUCUAAUAUUUGCAGGCUUUGGAUUUUAUCUUUACAAACAAAGGACUGCUCCGAAAACUCAAUAUACCGGAUGUUCUGUUCAUGAAAACAAUAAUGGGCAAGCAGCGUUUGAAAACCCAAUGUAUGACACUAAUGCAAAGUCGGUGGAAGGAAAAGCUGUACGAUUUGACCCCAACUUGAACACUGUGUGCACAAUGGUAUAAUGCUGGAUUACUCUGACUCUGAAACCAGGAAAUUGAGGCAAAAAUCAGUGCACUAUUUAGUUCACUGUCAUAAUCAAAGCACAUUUUUAAGAACACAUGAAGUCACAAAUUUCCUGAAGAAGAGACGAAGAGAGUUUUAACAAGACUUAAUCUAUUCUUCAUGUGGAGCAUGAGGAGUUUCCAGCAACUCUUUUGCACUCUAUGAGUGAUUAAUUACAGUUUAUUUUCUUUUUUUUAAAAAGGAGAUUAUUCAAAACUCUAAAUUUAUUUGCAUAUAUUGGAGGAGCAUCCACUAUCAGUAUUUACUGUGCUUUAUAAACUAUAUUAGAAGAUCUGGGAAAAAAG